CAAGGCUUGAGUCAAUUCACUCAAGAGGAGCUGGGCCAUUGGUUGAGUGACUUGUUUUUGAUUGUUCGCCCCAGUGAGCGACGGUACCUUAUCGAGAAACAUGAAACCUUUUGCGGCCUUGUAUUCUCCAUGCCAUAUUCCUCACUACAGCAACUCUUUUAUUUUAUAUUUUAUUUGCUCUUCUUCUGGGCAUAAUUUCCUGCAUUUCCCAUUAUGCCCCUUCUGCAAUUUUGCCAACUUUAUUCUUCUUCUUUUUUCCUUUUUCUUUUUUGAAAGGUUCCUUCUGCUUCUAAUCCAAUCUGCAAUUCUCUCCACCACAAAACUUCCUUUCACAAUCAUCAAUCUAACUAUUUUUUUCUCUCUGGUUUGAUCCACUUCCAACCUCAAUGGCUUCUGCGGUUUCACUUUCACAUCAGGUUUCAUUAUUUAAGCACACAGCAAAUUAUCCAUUUUGUUCCCAAACUACCCUUUCAUGCCAUUUGAAUUUCAAAAUAUGAGCAAUGCUAAUGUCACCCCGCCUGCAAAAGAGUACCCACCUGUUGUGUUACCCACCCCCCCCCUUCCUUCAUCAUACCACUCAUUUUGUACCACACAGCACUCAAAACAUGAAAAGUAAUAACACCCAAUUACCAAACUGGGCUCCUGACACAAUUAGGUCAAAAACAAAUGACAUCUGUUGAUUUUUUUCCAAUGGCAUUUAUUGAAUUCACUUGAUAUUAUUUUAAGGAAAUUGAAAAACAAAAAAGCCAAUUGUGGGCAUUUUUGAGUUGCUUGUCAUGUUUGUGCUUUGGGGGUUAUGUUUUACCUGGGUAGGAAGGAAAUACUUACCAAAAGCCAAACCAAAGUCCCCAUGUCCUCAUCAUCAUCAUCAUCAUCUUCUUCUUCAAUAAACCCAGCUUUUACCCAGAAAAAAAGAGAGAAUUUAAUUCAAACAAGGUCUCUUCUUUUUCACUGCUUUUUAUUUUUUAAUUUUCUGGCAAAGUAAAAAGUGGGGAAAAAAAAGGGUGCUUGCUUCUUCUUCCAUCUUCUUCCCCCACUGUAGCGGUCGCCGGAGGAUCAUAUCCGCUUCCCAAUCGUUUUUUUCUUCGCGAUUUCGGAGCUCGUUCCUGCGGUUGCUGAUCUUUCUGGGGUCUUUGAAGCCUCUCGAUCUCGCUCUCAGCUGGCUGUAUAGAGUUGCUGAGUUUGGACUCUUCACUAGUCGAAGGGCCAAUAAAGCAUCCUGAGAGAGUAGAUGGAAGCUGAAGAGAAUUAAGUCUUUCUUUUGAUGACUUAAUCAUGCAGUCAGAGGCGCAGAUUCCCUUUGACUCUGAGACCAACCUUCAUCCAGAGAGUCAUGCAAUAACUCAGGAUGGAGGUGCAGGUCUAACAGCUUCCACCAUGGAUCCUGUCCUGACUCAGCAACCUGUGAUAGUGCCUACUGGCUGUGCAGCAAAAAGACCUACACGGCAAUGGGCUGCUUGGACGCGUCAAGAGGAGGAAAGUUUCUUUGCUGCAUUACGUCAAGUUGGCAAGAAUUUUGAGAAGAUCACUUGCCGUGUGCAAAGUAAAAACAAGGAUCAGGUCAGACAUUAUUAUUAUCGCCUUGUUAGGCGAAUGAACAAACUACUGGGUCCAGGAUUCUGUCUUGAUGCCAAGAACUCUAAGGACACUAAUGCUGCAAUGCUUAGAUGGUGGUCUUUGCUGGAGAAGUAUAGUUGUAAAGCAUCAAAGCUUCACUUGAAGCCCCGGAGGUUCAAGAUAUUUGUAGAAGCCUUGGAACAUCAACUGCUGAAAGACAGGAAGAAGAAUGUGAGGAAAAGAUCUCAAGGAGAGAAUUGUUCUUCUCCAAGCACUAUUUCAAGUCAUGGUCGAUCAUCUGGACAUGACAACCGUUCAGUCAGACUGGUUCUAGUUGACAGUCAGAAUAUACAGAAAGUGGGAUCUGGAAAGCCACCAUUGAAGCGUCCCUUGAAUGUUGGUGUCCACCGUGGCAAUGGCAAAGUGGAAUCCACAACAAUGAAGCCGGCUAGACAGCGACGAAAACCGGGUGGUGCUCUCUCUUCUGCUGCAUAUAAAAAGUGGGAAAAGGCUGCCAUAGCUGGGGUUUCAUUGGUUGCUGAUGCUGCAGAGCAUUUGGAACGAACUGCCGUUUGUAAGGAGGUUGAAAAUGAUCAAUGUAUUCCAAAGCAAAAGGGUUCUGAUCAUAUUGGAGAAGAUCUUCCACCUCUUCCUUGUUUCUCAAAGAACCAAUUUGUAGAAAGCAGUUUACAAGCUUCAAUGAAACUAAAACUACAAUUAUUCCCAAUUGAUGAUGCCACAAGAAGAAGCUUGGAGAAGGAUAAUCAUAAUCCCUUCCUUGAGCUUACUCUCAGUAACCGUAAGAAAAUAUCAUCAGUCAUGGAGCAUCUGAAUCGCAAAUGGGGAAGUUCGAGUGUAGCAUGUGGAGAGCUAAUGCUUUGUCCAUAUGGUGUUGAAAGGGACAAACUGGUAGGUUGUCAGAGAUGGACCCUCGAUACCGCUAUGAGUGCUGCAGAUGUUUACACAGUUCUGGAGAAUCCCUCGGUUUUCCGCUUAAGGUAUGGCUGGUUUUCCAAGGAUGAGUUAACUUCAAUAACAGUUCAGGAACGUCAAGCACCAUGCCUCCCCAGGGAGUCUGUUAUGGCGUGUGAUAGCACUGUGGACUCUGAACAAAUUCCUCCAUCAGCUAAUCAUCAGUCUGAGAAGGUUGGGCAUACCUAUAAGGAUCAACUGCUUUCAGUGAGUGAUACCACUGGUCUUGCAUGUCCCUCUAUUGUUUCGGAAGAGAGAAGUGGUUAUGUUGCUGGGGGUUCAAAGAGUGAUCUUAUGAAACCAUCUGCUACCGGUGCUGAUGGAAUGUGCUAUGCAAAUGAGACAGGUGGUGGGAUUAUGAGACAAUUGAAUGAUGGGGACGAACUGAGAUCUGGCAACAAUAUAUCAGUGUCAGCUUGUGAGUGGGCUGAUAGCCUCACCAAUAUAAGCAUAGGAGAUUUACUUGAAGCAUCUUAUGACUUGCAUGUCAACAGUGACGAUGAAGGAGUAGCUGCCAAAAGUCCUCAGUGCAUACCACAAAUAUCAUUUAGCUGUGAUUCAUUUGAUGCUGCUAUAGCUGCUCAUAUUUCUAGAUAUCAAAACAAGAUAGGCUCUGAGUCGACCUUAUUGUCCCAUGAAACAUCCAUUUGGGAUGCUGAGGAAACUUGUGAUGCCUUUUCAUUCCAAAAGAAUGCUGCUGUUCGUAAGGCGGUCUCUUCUAUGUCUGCCACUCACAGUGAAGCCAGUGCACAGAUAAGAACAUGUCCUGUGGGCUUGGACGGCUCUGUUGAGGAAUGCCAGCAAGCGGAAAGAGCUCCUAAUGAUGUUGAUCUUGCUGACCCUAUGGAUGACUGUCAGCCACAAGAUCAAGAUAUUGUGGAGAAUACAGCGAAGGAUGGUUUCGGGCUGACAGACAUUUAUUGGCCGGACUCGUUAGGACCUUUGGAUUUGGAUGUACCAUCUUCAAAGUACCAUGCGGAAGAUCUAAUUUUAAGUGACAGUCUCAGUAGCUUGAAUCGUCUGAUGGCUAGCAGUUUGGAUGCUUUUCAAAAUUGCUCUUUCUUUGGAAUGGACAAGAAAGAAUCUGGAUCUACAGUUGAAGCUUGAGAAAGCGCCCAAUCUUGUGGUUACACUGACAUUUUACCCGGAUGUAUCUCGGAGGGGCACGAGGGGAAUAAGACUGUACCCUUAUUUAGUUGUCUUCCCAAUUAACUGACUCGAGGUGCUGAUGCUAGUCUUGAGAAGUUAAGCGAUGUGCAGAAAUUUUCCUCACAGAUGACUCGCUCAGUUGUACAAAAAUAGACACGAGCGAAUGUUCGUGACCUCUGUAUCUAACUAUUAAUUUUUUUUUGGCAGCGUUCUCUGUACAUUGUUAAUCUCAACCAAUGUGGACAAUUGUUAGUUUUGCUU